AUGGCCAAAUCAGUAGUUUGGGCGCUCCUCUUCUUGCUCGCCACGCUUGCCUACCCCUGUCGCUGCUCCUCCUUAUGGGGAGGAUGCCCUCCUCACGAAUUAUCUGCCCUCACCCAGAUCAAACAUGAGCUGAUCGAUCCAUAUUAUAUGUUGGCAUCGUGGAAGGGAUUAUACUGCUGCUCCUGGUCCGGAAUCACCUGCCACACCCGCACUGCCCACGUGAUUCGUCUGGAUCUUAACCCUUUCUGGCUGGGAGUUAGGAAUUCAAGCAGCCAAAUAUUCCCUGCUUUGUUCCACCUGCAGCAUUUGGAGUACCUCGACCUCACUUGGAUUGACUUGUCCCCUCUUCCCUUCCCUUCACAUCUUCCGAGCCUCAGCAAAUUGACGCAUUUGAGCUUGAAAGGAUGUGGCCUCGGUGGCCUAAUUCCAAGUGAGCUUGGCAAUAUGUCUGCCUUGAAAUAUCUGGACAUCUCUGACAAUUUUGCUCUUAGCGGCCCAAUUCCAGGUGAGAUUGGCAACAUGUCUAGCUUGACAUUUCUAGACAUCUCUGACAAUUCUCAUCUGCAGAUGGGGCAUUCGGGCUCGUGGAUUCGAAAUUUGCGAGGGUUGGAGCACCUUGGACUAGAAGAUGUGAAUCUGACAUUUGGUGUAAUAGAGUGUGUUGCUUCUCUUCCCAAUCUUACAUCACUUGCCAUGUAUAAUAUGCCAGGUACACUUCUCUCUCCUCUUGUAAACCUCACCUUACUCUCCCAUCUCGAGCUUGAUGGUAGUUACUUCACUCAGCAGCCAUUUCCCAUUUGGAUUUCAAAUCUUACAUCUUUGGUUUCCCUCCACCUCCUUGACUGCAAUCUCAACGGUUCCAUGCCUGCUGCUGUUUUAAGACUUCCACAUUUGAGGGACCUUGACUUGUCCUAUAACCCUGGUCUCAAAGUCAACCUCUCCUUUAUUGUGCAACAUGGUUUCCAGCUUAGCACCCUUUCCAUUGCAAGUUCAGAUGUGGGAGGAGUGAUUCCCAAUUCUAUGGGGAAUAUGUCUUCAUUAGCCGCCCUAGAUCUUUCUGGUAACAAUGUGGGAGGAGUGAUUCCGAAUUCUAUGGGGAAUAUGUCUUCAUUAACCGCCCUAGAUCUUUCUGGUAACAAUAUCGAAGGUAGUCUUCCAGCUUUUAUUGGAAAACUGUCACAUCUUGAAAGGUUGGACCUUUCCAGAAACUCACUAAGAGGCAACAUUCCAUGGAGCUCAUUAUGUGGGCUAUCAAAGCUUUCAACGCUUCGGCUCAGGUCAAACCAAUUAAAUGGAAGCUUGCCAUCUACUUUUGGUAAUCUCUCGUCUUUACUAUGGCUUGAUCUCUCAAACAACUCUUUCAGUGGCACUUUCUUACUCUCUCAACAAGAAAAUUUCACAAAGCUUAAAUAUUUAAGUCUUUCUGACAAUUUCUUGAGAGUAAAAGUUGAAGGCUCUUGGAUCCCCAAAUUUCAGCUUUAUCAUUUGUCCUUGAUUUCUUGUAAUAUGGAUGGCAAUUUUCCAAAUUUCAUAUUAACUCAGUAUACAAUAGAAGUACUCGACUUGUCUAACAAUUAUCUCAGUGGAAACAUUCCAGAUUGGUUGUGGGAAUUUACAUCAUUCUAUACACUCAAUCUCUCUUGUAAUCAAUUUGGAGGAAGGCCUUUGUCAUCUAAAUUCAGUAAGUUUGGUGCUCCAAUUGUUGACUUACAUAAAAAUAAGUUACAAGGGAAUGUUUUUUUACCUCAUCUUAAUGUUGAAUUCUCGGACUUGUCUGAGAAUCAAUUUGAUGGCAUCAUUCCAGCAAGCAUUGGCAAACAUGGCCAAAGUCAGCUCAAUUAUUACUCACUUGCAAAUAAUAAUAUAAGGGGUUCAUUUCCACAUUUUAUUUGUGAAGGGCAUCACUUGGAGGUUCUAGAUGUCUCAAACAACAAGCUCACAGGUAAUAUUUUUGCAAGUUUUGGGAAUUGUUCAUCAACACUAAAGGUGUUAAAUCUAGAAAAUAAUCAUUUGGAAGGUGAGAUUAAGAGCAUGGUUUGUCUUGAAACAUUGAAAUUGGGAAGUAACAAGCUACAAGGGUCAAUUCCACCAUCACUAAAAAAUUGUACUUCUUUGGAGAUUCUAGAUUUGGGAUAUAAUCACAUGCAGGGAACCAUCCCAAAUUGGAUAGGGAAGUUAAUUGGCCUUCGAAUUUUGGUGUUGAGAUCUAAUAAAUUCAAAGGUGAAAUACCAUUAGAGUUGACAAAACUAGAAAAUCUUCAAGUUUUGAUUUUGUCAAAUAAUGAUUUAUCUGGAGCUAUUCCAAGUAGCUUAAGAAACUUGAGAGCAAUGACAAAUCAAACACAAAGUGUAGAAGCCUUCCUUCAAUACUCAAAUUCAAGCUCAAUACCGUAUUUAGAUAAAAUGGAAAUAAACAACAAAGGGUUCUUUCUAGAAUAUGUGAGAUCAUUGGCAUUGGUUCGAUGUCUUGAUCUCUCAAAUAACAACUUCUCAGGUGAUAUUCCUAAGGACAUCGGAUUCCUCAUCGGUCUAAGGAUUCUCAAUUUGUCAAGAAAUCAUCUAAAUGGAAAAAUUCCUACUUCUUUUGGAAAGCUUGUGCAAUUGGAGUCACUUGAUCUUUCAUGGAAUAAUCUUAUUGGAAAUAUUCCUACAGAACUACAAUCUCUCACAUUUUUGAGUUUUUUGAACAUAUCUUGUAAUAGUUUUUCAGGCAGAAUACCGCAAGGAGCUCAGUGGUUAACAUUUGAUGAAAGAUCAUUUUCAAAUAAUGGACAUCUUUGUGGUCUUCAAAUCAACAUAAGUUGUUCUUCUUCUCCCUCUUCCAACAACAUUUAUGAUGAAGAUGUAAGUGAACAAGAGUGGGAGGAACAUGUAUGGUGGGAGGUUGGAAUUGGAUUGAGCUUUGGAUUUGGGUUUUCAAUUGUUGUUGGAGUAUUAUGUUUCAACAAAAAAUGUAGAACAAGAUGUUUCAAGGUCAUGGAUGGCAUUAUUGUCAUUCUUGAUCAAACUAUUCGAGAAAAAGUCUUUUAA